CGGCCACCGCCAUUACAAUAGAACCUUUGAAACGUAGGGUAACACUUUUUUGUAUAAACUAAAAAAAGCGCUGUGUGUAUUGUUGUUGUUUAUUAUGCAUUUGUUUAAACAUAAAAUUGUUAAUUAAAUGUGCGCUACAUGCGCCCGGCAUGUAAUCAAUCGAAACGAUCAAAAUGGGCGGCCACACGAACGAGGGGCGUGGAGAUCGCCUUCCUUCUCCACCGCUGCCCCACCUCCUGCUGCUGCUGUUGUUGUUGCUCUUCCCGAAUCUGACGACGACUGCGAAUGCGACGUCGACAGCGGCAGAGGGGGGUCAGGUGCAGUUGAAUCCGGAAAAGGGACAGUCCCAAAAUCCAGAAUCAUCCAUAUUCACCGGAUCGGGAACCUCGUCAUCAUGCCCACGCAAAUGCAACUGCCGCAAUAUAGCGGAAAACAUACACAGCCUAAAAGUUCGCUGCGAUGGGCAGCAAAUCACCAACUGGCGGGAAUUGGAUUUCGGAGAGGAUGCGACCAGCAUAGUCAGCAUCAAUGCCAGCAAGAAUUCUAUUGCUUUGAUUACCACCGAGGAUUUUAGGAACUUUACGGAACUCAAGCGUUUGGAUCUGUCUUUCAAUCUACUUACCGAGCUGGAUAAAGAUACAUUCGGCAAUAGUCUGAUUCAUUUAGACAAGCUGAAGCUGGCCGGGAAUGCCAUUAGCCAUAUCUAUGAAGGCACCUUCGACCAAAUGCCCAAGCUAAAACUACUAGAUCUGUCUGGAAAUCCCUUGGCCUGUGACUGUGGUUUAAUAUGGUUGAUUGCCUGGUCAAGCAGCCGAGAAGUACGCCUCCAACCGCCUCCGAAAUGUGAUUCCCCCGGAAACUUUCGUGGCAUGCCGUUAAAAAAACUGCGAGUGGGAAAGGAUUUUCAUUGCGAGACACUACUGCAACCACUGCUUGAACUGAUACCCAGCCAGAAUCAGGUGGCUUUUGAGGGCGAUGAACUGCAACUAAAGUGCUAUGCACCACGGGUGGCCAUUGGAGUUCCCAGGGAAAGCGAGGAUCUGCCCACAAAGGCGUACGUGUUCUGGGGAUGGUCAGAGAAGAUACGAGCGAAAAACUCCACCGAGGAUAUUAUUUACCAGGAUCCCACCAAAGUUUUCGGGGAUGUGAACCUGGAGACGGGCCAUUCCACGGACUCUGGCAUCCUUCAAUCUAUUCUUCGUAUUGCCAGCCUCACACAAAAUCAUACAGGAAUGUGGGAUUGUACGUUGCGCAGCCAGCAGGCGAAUCUUUCGCAGGCUAUCGUUCUCCAUGUAGUAGCCAAAGGAACGCUAUACUGUGAAGCUCGCGUGGUGCACACAAACAAAGGCACCUACCACUGGCCCAGGACGAUGCGAGGCGAGACAGUGCUGCAAGAGUGCGUGGAGGAGCCCAGCGAUGCUACCCAAGCACGUCGAGCCUCGCACGAGUGCGGACCGUCGGGUGAAUGGCUUAAUUUGGAUACGGAAAGUUGUGUUUAUGUUAGUGAGACUACACGCAUCCUAGAGCAGUUUGCCAAGGUGAAUCUAACCUUGACGAAAGGUCAAAACGCAUUGGAGAUUGCUCGCCGUUUGCACAACUUUACGCAGGCGCAGACUCAAUUGAAUCGGAUACGAGAUCCAAUGGACCUGGAGUACAUAGCACGAACUUUGGUCAAGUACUUGGAUCAGUUGGAGCAACCACAGCAGCAGCAGGAGAUCAGUCAUCUUUUAAUGGAUAUAGUUUCGCAGCUGCUUAACCUUCCUGCUCAUCUCUUCCGAGCUGCACAAUCGGAGCAAGGAACUGGACAGCGGCUGCUCCAUGUAGUGGAAUCAUCGGCAAUGCGAUUGGCCUUGGCCAGCACCCAAGCAGAACCGCUGCCUGCCGAGAUGAUACCUUGGCGGGGAUCGCUAGCCCAGCAGCGCAACCUUUUCGUGGAGUUCUUCAACAUAAGCUUAGAUGCCUUUGUCAGCUUAUCCUGCGUUUGGCUAGAGCAGAGUCCGCGUGGAUUUCAGUGUAAUAGUGCCAACGAUACGAUACCUAUGUACGAGCAUGGAGAUAUCGAUGCUGCCAUUCAGCUGCCCUACAGCGUGAUUGGAAACAUUUCGACAAGCUCCCCAACUGUCUCGCCAAUUCGUAGUCUCCGUUUGAUGAUCUCGCUGCACAGAAAUGGAAAACUGCUGCCCAAUUUGAGAGGAAGCUACAAUGAAUCCCUGUCUUCCGCCAUCAUAGGUGUACUGGCAUAUAGCAGCGAAGGUGAAGCCGUACAGUUUCGAGCUGAAAACGAGCUAGAUCCGGAAGAGGACGUGUACCAGCAAAGAGUGACUGUGAUGUUAAGGGCUCACCCGUAUCACAAUCCACUGAGUGCGCCGCAGCCUGCCUGGUGGGAUGCGGACGAGCAGCGCUGGGAGACCAGCGUUUGCCAGCAGCACUAUCAGCAUCGCACUUUGGUCAUGUUCAGUUGCAGUCGCACAGGAUAUUAUGGGUUGCUUCAGAGGAGUAUGUAUCUGAACGAUUUUCGCAGUGAGGAAUCGGGCGCCCGAUUUCGGCAUCCACCGGCUGCUGUCUACGCUGGAUGUGGCCUACUCUUUGCCUGCUGUGCCUUUAACGCAGUGACUUUUGCUGUUUUCGGCAGAGCUGUUCGGAUCAACAGGGUACAGCGGCAUGCUCUGGUUAACACCUGGUUGGCACUGGGUGCACUGGCUCUUGCUUUCUCCCUGGGAAUCUAUCAAACCGCCAGCCAACCGCAAUGCCGUCUACUGGGAUUGUUGAUGCACUAUCUCGGCUUGUGCGUUUUGCUUUGGGUUUGUGUGAGUCUCAGUAGCAUGUACAAACGGCUGACCAAGACGACGACAUCGGGACAAGGACAAUGCCAGGGCCAGGAUAUGGAUCCGCAGAGGGAACGAGAACGCAAACCCAUACUGGGCAUUUAUCUGGUUGGCUGGGGCAUAGCCCUCCUCAUCUGUGGCAUCAGCAGUGCGGUAAAUCUGGCGGAAUAUGCCUCUUACGACUUUUGUUUCCUGCACAGUGCCACUACUUUAAAUGCUCUGCUUGUGCCAGCCGUUAUUCUCGUAAUCUUCUGUGGUAUUUUGGCUCUGUGCAUCUAUUAUCAACUGAGUCAGCAAGCGGUAAAUGUGCUCCAACUACAAAUGCAACAGCAGCAGCAUCGUCAGUAUUCGGAUAACAACACACAGGCAACGGAGCACAUCGAUCUGGAUUGGUUGGAUGCGAAUGGCAGUGCCACCACAGCUGCAAUUGGAGGAGGUUCUGGCAAUCACGGUGGUCGCAAGGAUCAGGAUCACAUGCAGGAGCAAUACAGUACGCUAAGUAAUCCUCUAAGCAGCAUCGUGGACGAUUUUGAGCGCUCGAAUCUUUCCCAUUUGCGUGGACACUUCAUUUUCCUAGUUUUGUACGCUGGCGCAUGGCUAUCCGCCGCUGCUUAUGUAAAUGGUGGGCAAGAACUGUAUGUUAUAUCCUUUGCCGGCUGCUGUUCAUGUCUUGGCAUUUUCCUGCUGAUUUUCUACAACCUGAGCCGAAACGAUGCCCGUCAGGCUUGGUCGCAAGGCAGGGAUGGACGCAAUAGACCUGCAAAACUGGUGACCUACAAUAAUGGCAGCCAGGCGCGGGGUGCACAUCAAUCGGGAAUGAUGCCUGGACCCGGAACGGCCAUGAUCAGCAACUCCAUUGUAGCCUAUAAGGCAAAUCCUGGACCUGGCAGCUUGUACGAGGCAAACAACUCGGCGGGAUCACGUUCGAAUAGCCAGUGUUCGAGGAGCAUGCGCAGCCAGACUAGAAGUCAAACGAGGAGCCAGCAGGAGCAGCUUCUACAGGCCAACGGAGCAGGUGGCGUUACUAUAAUUAACAACACCAGCGGCCAACAGGGAGCAGGCGCUGGAGCAGCAGCUGGCGGAGUGUCUGGCUCUGGAGGAGGAGCAGUACCACCGCACAGUCUAAAUGCUCUGCUUCAUGGUUCCAGUCACGACCUUAUACCCUCUGCGGAGAUCUUCUACAAUCCCAAUCAGAUCAACGUAGCCCGUAAGUUCUUCAAGAAACAGAAGCGCUUGGCGAAGCGUAACAAUUUCGAGCUUCAACGCCAGACGAUGCCGCAGAUGCAGCUCCAGAUGCAGAUGCAAAUGCAGCUCCACAGCCAGCACAGUUUGAGCGAUGCCAGUUCGGAGCAGCUGUACAGUAGGCAUCACAACGCCAUGACCCUACUGGCGGGCGGUAGCAAGAUAAAUAACACCAAUCUGCAUUACAAGAACCAGGGCUCGCCCAUGGCAGGAGCUCCCAAGGAACACGGAAUGGGUAUGAGUUCUGGUGGCGAUUCCAUGCAGUUUAAACGCUUUGUGCCCGCUAGCGCCUCAUCGGCGUCUAAGAUCAUGCAAGCCAAUAUUUACACAAACAUCCCGGAGACAUUGACUCCCCAGCAUGAGGUAAUCAAACUGAGAGCCAAUGGACGUACUAGAACACCUUCCCUUUUGGAUGAAACGCUGCAUGAGCAGGAUGACGAUGAAGAAGAAGAAGAGGAGCAUGCUCAGGCGCCGCCAACGGUCGAAGAGCAAGAGCCUGAGCUAGAGGAGGAAGAUGCCAGUUCUUUGGACGAACAUGCUCCGUUGUAUGCCAAUACUUUGCCACCAGCUAGCGGGAUGAACAGUCUAUUCCGAAACCGAGGACCAUCCCAUCAACCCAUCAGUUCCACGCCUGUCAAGCAACCCAGUUUGGAGGCCAUGAAUAGUUUGGGCCUGCCGGAAAUCAGCCUAGAGGAACCCCUUCUCCAGAAGCACGAGAUAUAUGUAUCCAAUUCGCUGCAGGUUACCACCAGCAACAGUAUCCAGCUGGACGAUGACUUUCCCAGUGUCCUAAUCCGCUUCAGUCAACAGCAGCAGUCCAAAUCGCUGAACAAUAUAAGUGAAAUGCUAGCUGGCAGUGGUGGCGUAAACUCAACUGGUUUGGAUAACCUAGGCGAACAGGAAGAAUCCAGCCAGCUGUCUGUUAACGAGGCCAGCACACUCGAGGAACAGCAAAUGCGCCAGGUGUACUCCUGCUCCAGCAGCAAUCUCAGCCAGCUAAAGGCACAUCUUCCGACGUCGUCGGUGGAUGCGGAGGACGAUGGUCGCCUGCUAUCCGGCAGUCCAACGAAUGAGAGCGAUCUAAACUACCAGAACUCGGAGAUCAGCAUCCGAAGUCAUGGACUAUAUGCUCCACAGGCGGAUAACGAUCUGAAUUUAACACUAACCGAUGAUUUCCGCUGCUAUCAAUCCUCAAAUGCCAGCGAUGCGGAUGUGGAUGUGUUGAAUGAGUUCGACGAUGAGUUUGUGGCCGCCACGGGAGGUGAAAGGGUGGCAGGAGAUCCUGAACAGGAUCAUCAUCACGAUCACGACCAAGACACUUCCAUCGAUGAGCUGUACGAGGCCAUUAAAUGCCGCAGUCCUAUGAGGAGCAAGCAGGAGGUCGUCGAGCGUUUCGAAAGAGAAAGAGAGCGAGAACGUGAGAAAGAGAUGGAAGCAAAGCCGCUUAGCAAUUCCCACAACGAAAAUCUCAAUGAGACGAUAGAGGAUGAUAGCAGCCAGAGCAGCGUGAUCUCGUACAUCGAUCCCAGGGCAGCCAACGAGCCACGCCCCUUUCCCAGCUAGCUCAACCCACUCAGCCCACCCCUAGUUAGAUGUAUAUAGAAUAUAUACAAAAUGUAUAACACACCCACAAACUCCAACCGCCUCCGCGCUUGGCCGGCAAACAAAAAGUUCACGUGCCAAUGCCAAAGUAUUCCUGUAUCAAGUUUUGUACCCAACCCACUGACACUCUUCGAUAUAUAUUUAUAUGUAUUAUAUAUAUAUCUGGAGUGCUAAUAUCUUAAGUUCAUCCACUCAAAAUCCAGCUAACUGAACUUGUAAUUAUAGUAAGUCGAACCCUAUUUAUUAUGACUAGUAUUACUCCACUAAACUCACCCAGUUUCACAUUCACCGGAGAAAAUUUCAUCCAAACAGAGUUCAUUAGCUGGUCACUAAAUCGCUAGAUCGUUUAACAUUUCAUCACAAUGAUUAGGUAUCACCACAACCCCAUCCCAAAGUCCUAUACACAUUAAAUAAGUUUUAAAUUUUGGUAAAGCAAAAUGCAUUUAAAUGUAGGCUAAGUUUAUAUUUAGAUAUAAAUAAAUCAAAUGUUCACUUAUAAAAACUGUCCUUAAUGGAUAUUUGGAAGUUAAAGAAUUAAUCUUUCCCCAUAACAAACUCAUGAACUUUAAAGUUUAUAAAGAGA